UCGCUGUGGUGAAAGUAUGUCAGUGGGUUACAUAGACGCUGCAGGCGGCGCAGACUCAGAGGGAGGAGCCGGCCGGGGAACUAACUGGGUCACAUGGUAGCACACGGAUCGGCUCCCUUCCCUUCCCUUCUGAAGCCACUGCUCCUCACCUGGCGCUCUCAGCCUCUGUGUUCCGGCUUUCAUCGCUCAGGUUCGGUUACUGGAGCAGAGAGAAAGCGGCACCGAACCUUCUAGCUCGAAUUGUUGGGCUUUUUUUGUUACGUUAUUGAGGUGGACUUUAAAGGCUGUGCUGUUCUCCACCGCUGUCAGACUGCGCCUCUACGAACCGGGCUGUCUCUCUGGGGCUCUUACUGUCCAUGUUUUAACCCCAAGUCCACUUUUUUUAUUCACCCACCGAACAUUACCCGUCAGCGACUUUCCAGUUGCUGAGCACCGAACCAAACACGGCUUCGGCACCGAGGUAGCAGAGGGGAAACUCGCAGGACAUGGACCCGAGCAAAGCUGGAGGCGUGAUCGCCUACAUCAGCUCUUCCAGCUCCACCUCCAGCCCGGACUCCUGCCACAGCGACUCCUCCAACGGCAGCUACCAGUCGGCCUCGCCUCAGCGGGGCUCCUCGCCCAGCCGGGGCCGGCCGGGCCGGCCGCUUGACCCGGCGCUCUGCGUCGGCGGCCAAAACCUUCCAGGGACUCAGAGAGGCGGCCGCUCGUCCUCCUCGGGGAAAUGUGGAGUCACAAAAAUCAACGGCCUGGUGCUGCUGUGCAAGGUGUGCGGUGACGUGGCCUCCGGCUUCCACUACGGCGUCCACGCCUGCGAGGGCUGCAAGGGCUUCUUCAGGAGGAGCAUCCAGCAGAACAUCCAGUACAAGAAGUGCCUUAAGAACGAGAGCUGCCCCAUCAUGAGGGUCAACAGGAACCGCUGCCAGCAGUGUCGCUUCAAGAAAUGCCUCAUGGUGGGCAUGUCCAGAGACUCUGUGCGCUUCGGGAGGAUUCCUAAGCGAGAGAAGCAGCGCAUGCUGCUGGAGAUGCAGAGCGCCAUGAACAACAUGAUGAGCAGCAGCCACCUGCAGGCCCCGCUGGCCCAGCCGCACGCCAGCCUGGUACCGGGCCUCACCAGCACGCCAUUAGCCGGCGCCGCAGCACCCGCUGCCUCUGAGGAGCCCGCCUCCGCCCCUUCGCCCUCAUCCUCAACCGGCUCCGGCCAGUCGGACUCCGGCUCCGACCCUGAGGCCGCCGUCGCCAUGGACACCGGCUCCAGCUCGGAUUCUCCCAGUGGGUCCGACAGCAGCGAGGAGGAGGUGAUCGGCUCGGUGACCAGGGCCCAUCAGGAGACCUUCAUGUACAACCAGGAGCCGAGCACCCAAGCAGCUGAGACCCCCCGGGCCCCCCCCAACAGUAACUUGAACAAAGCAACCGCCAACCAGCUCUCAGAGGAGGGGCGGGACGCCUGGAACCGCCGCAACAACUCCGUCAGCGUGGCCGGGCCCAGCCUCCUGUCCAUCCUGGGACCACCUCAGAGCACGCCGGACCCCGCCUCCAGCCAGUGUCCAUUCAGAGGGUCCAGGAACGCAGCGGCGGCCGGCCACAGUCCGGCCUACAUACACGGAGCCGUGAGAGCUCCGCCCACCGAGCUCCGCCCCGGCACCGCCUACAGCAGGGGCGCAUGGAGAGGAGGCAGCAGGAUGUUCCUGGUCUGCCCCAUGAACAUGUCUCCGCGCGUGGAUCCCCAGAAGUCGGGCCAUGAGGUGUGGGAGGAGUUCUCCCGCAGCUUCACGCCCGCCGUCAGGGAGGUGGUGGAGUUCGCCAAGAAGAUCCCGGGCUUCAGAGAGCUGUCGCAGCACGACCAGGUCAGCCUGCUGAAGGCCGGCACCUUCGAGGUGCUGGUGGUGCGUUUCGCCUCGCUGUUUGACGUGACGGAGCGCUGCGUCACCUUCCUGGGCGGGAACAAGUACAGCGUGGACGCUCUGAGGACCAUGGGCUCCGGCGACCUGCUCAGCUCCAUGUUUGACUUCUGUGAGAAGCUGAUGAACCUGGGUCUGAGCGAGGAGGAGAUGAGCCUGUUCACCGCCGUGGUCCUGGUCUCAGCCGAUCGCUCCGGCAUCGAGAACGUGAACUCUGUGGAGGCGCUGCAGGAGACGCUGAUCCGUGCCCUGCGGAGCCUCAUCACCCGGAACCAUCCCAACGAGUCGGCCAUCUUCACCAAGCUGCUGCUCAAGCUGCCCGACCUGCGCUCCCUCAACAACAUGCACUCAGAGCAGCUGCUGGCCUUCAAGGUCCAUUCCUGAACUUUGGCCUGGGGGGCCUGGCGGGCCUGGUGGGCCGGCCUGGGGGGCCUGGCGGGCCUGGUGGGCCGGCCUGGGGGGCGGUGCGUCCUGAGACUGUACUGUAGGCUGACGCAGCCCCCUGCGUCAUGUCCAUGUGGUGUCUGUGUGUAGCAGCUGUGCAGCGUUUAGAAGCACUUUUCUGUCUUGUGACUGAGAUAUUUGCAUUCAUAGUGCAAUAUGUGACUGCUUUGAUAUGAGCGGUGUAGCAGUGAUUUCCAGUGGCUUACUUGACUCUGAAUGUUGCGGGAGAUGGAGGUUUCCAGUGGGGCCAUCGCAGAAUGUGGUUUAAGCUGAAUGACGUCUUCUUUGAGCCUCGUGCUGAUGCUGUGUACGUUCUCUGUGCUGUUCUGCUCUAAAUCUGACGUCUCCGUUGGAUAGCACACUGAUCCUGGACCUGUUCCCCCUUCUGGACCCUGAGCCUCAGCGACUCCCCAGUGGCCCGCUGAGCUUCACGUCUGGUUUCCUUUCCAGUGCUGUCGACUAGAUUCUGACUAGUAUUACUGAAGUGAGCGUAGAGCUGCUAGUGUUCAGAUCAUGUAGUCUAGUUUAGCGUCCACAGCUUCUGCCAGUGUGUGAAAAGGGUUGCAGUAAACAGAUUUCUAAAAGAAGUAUAUAUAGAAUCUUAAUAUGUAAUGUUACACAUGACUGUAUAGAUGAAUGUCUUUAAAAUAAAUUUUAUAAGCGAGGUGAA